AUGUCAGCAGAAGACAGGCUCAACGCAAUGCGCGGGUACAAGGCUACCCUGAGCAACCCAAAAGUUUCAGAAGAGGCAAAGCAGAAUGCGCAAGCAAUGCUUGAUGAAAUUGGCGGUGACCAGCCUCGCGAGGAACUUUACGAGGCAAGAGGCGAUAAAAGAAAAAACCCAGUAAGGGUUUCCGCUGGGCUUAAGGCCGCGCAGCACAAUCCCACUGUUACAGAGAGCGGGAAGCAGAACGCAGCGGAAAAAAUGCAAGAACGAGGUGUUCCUGAAGAGUAA